AUGGCUCAAUCACGAGACCACUUAAUUAAACGAUUUCAAAAAAUAACAAAAUGGAAAACAAAUAAAGUUAUCUCAUAUCUCAAUGAAUAUGAUUGGGAUUUACAAUAUGCUAUGGAAGCUUACUAUUUAUUAGAAGAUGAUCAACCAAAAGUCGAUGAUUUAACAGAUAUUGAAUCUAGUUUUGAAGAUCAACCAAGAAAAUCAAUUGAAACUAAUCAACAAUCGUUAUCUUAUUCGCAAUUACCGUUUUCAAAUCGGUCUGAUACUUCAAUGAAUUUAAGUAGAUCUCAAAUUCGAUUUAAUCGAAAUCAAGAGAAAUUAAACAAUUCAAUAGGAAUUUUACCAUUCCAUUCAACAGAUAUGCAUCAACAAUUGCCUCAACUAUAUCAAUUAGAUAGAAAUUCAAAUCAUAUGAAUCUCGCUUCAAAUAGAGAUAAUAAUAGUUAG